AGGGCAUCAAAUUUCUUCUGACCUUGGAUUCGUCGGAGGAAGUCAGGAAAUCUCAUGUCUCAGUUCAGAUUUCUCACGAGCCGCCGCCACCUCAGCGCCUUAACCUCCCUGUUCUCCCAAUCCCCAGAACCAAGCUCGGUCUCCAAGCACGUCGCUUGUGCUGUCUCCAAUCCAGAAGGGAAGCAACCGCCGCCUCUCUCACCCAAGGCAACUGCCCCCAAUCUAUAUGCUCUCGUUGAUCUUAUCGACUCCUUCCUGCAGGCUAAAAACCUCAAAUCUGCUUUUUCGGCUGUGUGUUUGCUGUUCAAGAGCGGCCAUGCGACGGACGCUUUCAUUUUGAACCUUUUGGUGAAGGGUCUCUGCAAAGGCCUCUCCGUUUCCAAAGCCGUGCAGCUGUUCCGAGAGGUCGAGCGGAAGAAGUGGAUUUUUCCCGACGUCGUCACUUAUAACACUCUCAUCAAUGGCCUGUGCAAGGAGAAAAGGAUGGAAGAAGCCAUGGAGCUAUGGAGAGAGAUGGCGUCGGGAACUGGUCCUGGCUGCUCCCCGAACGCUGUCACCUACUCGACGCUUAUGAAUGGUCUCUCCAAGGCCGGAAGGGUGGAGGAAGCCAUGUCCUUGCUGGAUAACAUGAAAAGGAGCGGGCUUGAAGCCGAUGCGUAUGUCUACGGUGCUCUUGUAAGUGGUCUAUGUAACGCUGGCUCCGUGGACAAGGCCCUGGACCUCUUUCACGAAAUGUCCCUGAAGGAGGUACGCUCAAGCCCACGCCCACAUUUGGUCCUUUACAGCAGUUUGAUUCACGGUCUAUCCAAGCUUGGACGUUGGAAGGCGGCUAAAGAUAUGUUAUAUAACAUGGCGAGUCAGGGAAUCCGUCCCGAUGUCAUAACGUAUACUAGCUUGAUCGAUGGCCUCUGCAAAGAUGGAAAGAGCUCUGAGGCCCUGAAGCUGCUAGGUCUGAUGGUGGAGAAAGGUGAAGAACCAAGCAAUGUCACGUAUAACGUCCUAAUUAAUCAUCUGUGCAAGGAUAACCUGGUUGAUGAUGCUUUUGAGUUCCUUGAGAAGAUUACCAGGGAAGGAAAGUCACCGGAUGUUGUUACUUACAAUACACUAAUCCAGGGUCUUUGCAAUGUAGGCAAAACUGGUGAAGCAUUGAAAGUGCUCGGUCAAAUGCUUGAUAGUAGAUUUGGAGUUGAACCCGAUUUGUGGACAUUUAACACGGUUAUACAUGGACUUUGCAAGAGUCAUUAUGCUAGACUAGCCUUGAAGGUACAGAAGCUGAUGGUACGUAGAGGGUACACCUGUAAUCUGUUUACUUUCAAUAUGCUACUCGACGGACUCCUCAAGACGAAGGACGUUGAAGGGGCUAUCUGCUUGAAAGGAGAGAUGGACUGCCUAGGACUGGAGUCUAACUCCUUCACAUACAGCAUCCUUAUAAAUGGGCUCUGCAAAAUGGGGCAUGUUGAGGAUGCAGAAAAGCUACUUGGUGAAAUGAAGGGAAAAGGAUUUUGUCCUACCUUACAUGAUUAUAAUUCUAUAAUGACAAUACUGGCUAAGACAGAUAGAAUGGAGCAAGCACUGAGUUUAUUCAAUGAGAUGCAGAAGCCUGAUGUGGUUACCUUCACCAUUUUAAUUGAUGCGGCAUGCAAAACUGGAGAUAUGGAUUUGGUAAAGGACUUAUUUGUGGAUAUGCGUCAAAGUGAUAUCACUCCUGAUUCAGUUACAUAUUUUGCAUUAAUAAAUGGAUUUGUUGAAUCUGGAAAAACAGAUGAAGCUAUCCAAAUGUUGGAGCACAUGAAUGGUAGUGGAUUAGUUCCAAAUGUUAAAAUAUAUGAUUCACUUAUACAUUGCCUCAUAAAAAAAGGCGAUACUAGAAAGAUUGUUAGCUUGCUUCAUCAAAUGGCAGCAAAUGAUGUGGCUCUUGAUACAAAGUUCAUGUCAACCCUUUUGGAUACCCUGUCAUUUGAUGGAGAAGACAAGACCCUAUUGAAAUCUUUGCCAAAUUUCUCAAAUGAAUUGGCCGGAAGAACAAAAUUCUCAUGUCAUGAAUUGAUGGAAAAGCUCCAAUGAUCUUGCCUUGAGCUCCGAUUACCAGCUAGUGAGGCAUCUUGAGUUGGAGAACGAUUGAAUAUGGAUUUCCAAUUUCAUGCUUUAUGCAAAAAGAAGCAUGAGUAUUCAAGUUCAUCAUGAGAAGCAGCUGUUGCAGGAGUCUAUAACCAGCAACUUUGCAAGUGGUUUACUGAAACAACAUUCUGGAUGCUCUCUCUUAGCAGGCUGCUCCAGAGUUCCAUUUUGAGAUCCAUACUGAAUACUUUGCCAUUACCAAACAACAAACGCUUGCAUCAAAUAAAGCAGCAUGGAAUUCAUGCACUUUCGAUAAACAUUGUUUCUGAGAUGAACAGACACUCUCAGGCCUCUCCGAUCUCUACUUUGUCCAGGAUUUUUGUGAGCUUGCUGCAUUAGGGCUGUAAACGAGUCGAGCCGAGUUUUAGGAUGUUUAAGCUUGUUUAAUAAGAUAAUCGAGCCAAGUCGAGCCGAGCUUAAAAUGAACCAAUCUUUUGAAAUGAGUGUUCAAGCUUGACUUGGUUUAAUUUUUAUGAGCUUGAGUUUGUUUGAAAUUUGGUUUGAGUUUGAUUCGUUUA